AUGCGGACUCGAUCUCAUAUCACGACUCCAAAGAAUGGCGUGACCUGGUACUACGAACAGGAAGGCUCGGGCCCGGAUAUUGUCCUCAUUACAGAUGGCUUUGGAGAAUCCCAUAUGUUCGAUCGAACCAUCACCAAGAUUGCCCGGCAAGGGUUCAGAGUCACAACCUUCGACGGACCGGGCAUGUCGAGAUCAUUCGAAGCUCCGCCCGAAGCUUACAAUGAUGUUACGGCGCAGAAGCUAGCCGCCCAAGUGAUUGACGUGAUGGACGUGCUGGGCAUUCGCGAAGCCGCCUUCUGGGGGUCCAGCUCUGGGGGCUCAACCGUUCUCGCCCUUGCCGCCGACUACCCAGAUCGCGUCCGGAACGGGCUCGUCCACGAGGUUCCCUUCGUUCAGGUCGGCGCUCAGCGUGGCGUGUUCGCGGAAGCGGCCGAGUGGGACGACGAGACCGUGUCCAAGCGCAUGGGACCGUUGGUCCUGAAGUUGGGCAUGGCGGAUGCGGAGGCAUGGGCCGGCCUCGGUGACGCGGUGCACGAGCGUCUGGCUAAGAACUUUGUCCGAUGGACCCGAGGAUUCCCACCGUUGACGGCUUCGAGUCCCACAGGCGAGGCCGCCUUGAAGAAACGGCCUCUGGAUUGGACUGUUGGAUUUUCAACGCCCUCGGGUCUCUUCUUUGAUAACAUCGUUCUGGCCGUCAAGAUGGGAAUCCCAGUCCAGACAAUCCCUGGAAGGCAUUUCCCCUACUUAUGCGAGCCAGAAGCGUUUGCUGAAUACGUGGUCUCGACCUGUCAAAAGUAUUUAUCCGACUGA